AUGCCAACAGCGAACAGUUCCAUUGGUGUUUUUAUCUUGAGAGAUGGAGCCAUCGCGACCGGACAAAAGAAAAGGUUACGAAUGGGAGUAAGGGCACCGGCUGCUGAGACUGUUGGUCGCCGUAUCAUGUUAAUUUGUUAUUAUGUCGGUGAUAAUGGUGCAGUGCGGGAGCAAAGGCAUAUAAUUAUUGUUGAUACUCAGGUUAUAUUGGAAACCACUUUGAGGCUCGUAGAUGCAUCAAGCGGUGCAUGUGUGUUAUUCUUGCGAAACUUGAUACCAAAUCGUAACUCGUUACUGGCCAAACUUGAAGUGCUGCGGAUACGCCCGAUUGUUGCUUUUGCCGACAAAAAUCGCAGUGCCAAGCAUGGGACUGUGCCCAGGAUCUUUCUACAUUCACUGCAGAAACGUCACGUAGUUCUGGAAUGUGGUCAAACGGAUAAUUUAUCGUUUUUGGUGAACGGGCACGCAGCUGCUGCACCGUUGUGGUUGUGUGAUACGAUCGAAGAUAUCCCAGAAUGGCCUGGCCCUCCGUACUGUUCAGCACUACCGCUACCCGUUUUCGGUGAAAAUUUCGUCUCAAGUCCAUUCCCGCCUGGUUGCUCGGUUCCAUAUUGUGCGCAUCAUAUUUUUCGUCCACUUGCAAUUCAGCAAACGCACGAAAAUAGCUGUGAACCCACACGGCGAUUAUCUGCUAUUGCUGGAACAUCGGACGAAAAUUCAUUCGCACUUAUUUGUAAAAUAUCGACUCCCUCUCCGAUCAUUUAUCAUAAUUUCUCCGAGAAAAGGAUUUGUCACAUACCUGUGCAAAUAGCAAUAACCAAUGAUGAUGUGCGUAAUCGACGAAACUGUUCGGUGACCGUGCAUUUCCAAGAUUCUUUUUACGUCCGAAAGCAACCGCAGCCAGAAUUAGGCAGCCCGGGAGGUUCGGGAAUUGUUCCCCCAGCUGCAGUUUCUGCAUUCAGCACUCCGCAUUUGCAUUCCCCAUCGCCAGUUGUACAACCAGUGGUUGUAGCGGAUCGCACACGGAUGCGUUCAACGAUAGCUUUUGGAAGUACGCGAAUUUUCGACAUUCAUCUCAGCGUUUACUGCUCAUCGGUCUACGAUAUUGCUCGAUUUCGGGUUAUCGGUCAAUUCGAUGAUGACGAUGAGGCGGCUGCAGUUUCUAUACGUGUUCCGUGCGCAUAUGUUACUGUGAUUGAUCAACGGGUUCCGUAA